CGGCGUUUCUCGCCGUCAGGAAGUGACGGGAUUCGGUGCCGAUUCCUGCCCUGUUCCCUGCCGCAGGGAACGGCCGGAUGUCAUCCGCCCGGCGCACGUUGAGCGGACCUUGUGGCUGGGGGCUCUGCGUGGCUGUUGGAGCAGGACUGGUCUUGGGGGUGAACCUUCCUACUCAGAAGCCAAGGAGGGGCCUCGGAGGACUUAGGGCUUGAGCUAGGGAAAUGGGGAUGGCUUGAUAGGUGAACAGUGAGAAGUCCUGUGUCAUGGAGUCCUUAGGUCUGGUUGUGUGUUUUGGACAGUUAUGUUCUGUGGCAGGGUUUUAUAAAACCAGCGUGUUAAUCAGUUUCAACAGAUAAGAACCACUGCACACCAUUUUGUGGCAGACGCGGCAGUCGUGGUGUUUCUUUGAGUUUUGCCCACGUUCCCGUUUUUCUUGCCCGCGCUGCUGCGUUUCGGCGUCAGUGUUGUUUUCCUUGCUCUCGUUUUCCUCUUCGACGGGAACGCUUCUCUCCACGAGGUGUGGAUGACAGUGAAGUUGGGCGACGCCGGCAGCGGGGAGGAAGGGCUCAAGAAGCUGGGGAAGAGGUCGGCUGAUGAGGAGUCCCUGGAAGGAGAGGGGGCUGGCGGCGCGGACGUGGCUGAGGACGGCAGCGGCACAAAGAGGGAGGAACCGACCUCACGAGCCGACGGCGCCUCCGCGCCCCCUGGGGGGCCACAGGCGUCGUCCCCACCGCAGGGCAGCCCCCAGGACCAGCACCACUUCCUCAGGUCCAGUGUUCGGCCACAGAGCAAGAGGCCCAGGAAGGACUCACCCUGCGUGGUGGGCAGCGCCGGCCCCAGCAGCUCUGGACCCCGAGGGAAAGGAACCGACAGUGGUGGGACAUCGUCUGGAAACGUGUCUGGGGUUGCCUCUGCAGGGGGCUCACGUUCUUCCUCCCGGAACAUCGGGUCUUCGGGGGCUGAGAAGGAAGAAGGCAAAAAAGUCCGGAGGCAGUGGGAAUCGUGGAGCACAGAGGACAAGAACACCUUCUUUGAGGGUCUGUAUGAGCAUGGGAAAGACUUUGAAGCAAUUCAGAACAACAUUGCUCUGAAGUACAAGAAAAAGGGCAAGCCUGCAAGCAUGGUGAAGAACAAAGAGCAGGUCCGGCAUUUCUAUUACCGCACCUGGCACAAGAUCACCAAGUACAUCGACUUUGACAAUGUGUUCUCACGAGGGCUGAAGAAGUCAUCCCAGGAGCUGUAUGGCCUCAUCUGCUAUGGCGAGCUGCGCAAGAAGAUUGGGGGCUGUAUGGAUGACAAGAAUGCAACGAAGUUGAAUGAACUCAUUCAGGUUGGGGCUACCACAGUACGUUACAAAGGGAGAAACCUGCGGAUCAAAGCACCCAUGUGUCGUGCACUAAAGAAACUCUGCGAUCCCGAUGGCCUGAGUGAUGAAGAGGACCAAAAGCCAGUGCGCCUGCCCUUGAAAGUCCCUGUAGAGCUACAGCCACGGAACAACCAUGCUUGGGCCCGAGUGCAGAGCCUUGCCCAGAACCCACGACUCAGGAUGAUCGUGGAGCUGCAUAGAAAGGUCUCCAGUCUCAUUGAGUUCUUGAAACAGAAGUGGGCACUCCAUGAAGUGCGAAUUCGGAAGACCCUCGAAGAGGGGCAGCUGCAGGGUAUGAACCCUGCUCAGAUGCAGGAGAAGGUGACACUGCAUCUAUUCCCAGGAGAGAACUGCACACUGACUCCGCUGCCUGGUGUGGCCCGUGUGGUGCACUCCAAGGCCUUCUGCACAGUGCACUGGCAGGAGGGUGGCCGUUGCAAGCAGAGUGCCAAGGACACCCAUUCGCUGCCUCCGGCCCAAAUCCUGGGUAUCCAGAGUGGGCAGGGCACAGCCCGGGGCCAGGUGAAGUGCCCAAGGGGCAGCACUGAGGGCAAGGGUGGGGGGCGGCCCCCUCCCACCACUGACACUUCACAGAGCUCUGGAGAGAGUUCCCCCGAGAGUGCCCCUGGGGAGGGGGCCACCCCUAGUCUGAGCAGCCCGGAUGCUCCCGACAGGCCUUCCCCAGGGCACCAGGACUCCCUGCUGCAUCUCGAGAAGAUCCCUGCAGCGCCUCCUACAGAGGGUGGGGAUGGUCCUGCUCGAGAACCAGGGUCCCUGCUGUGUGCCUGCGGCCAGCUCUCAGACCUGGAGGACGAGCUGUCACUCCUCGACCCCUUACCCCGUUACCUGAAGUCCUGUCAGGACCUCAUCAUCCCUGAGCAGUGCCGCUGUGCGGAUGCUCGGCCCAGGAGUGAGCAGCCUUCUCUGGGCAGAGCUACCUCCCCAGAGACUCUUGCCUCCAGUGGCAAGGAGGCUGCCAACCUUGUUGCCUCUGGCCCAGAUCCUCAGUGUGGCCCUGGCCCCAGACUCCUACUGGAUGUUUGCACUAAAGAGCCAGCAGACACACCUUCAGAGGAGCCCCAGGAGAAAGGGAGCCCCUUAGAGCCUCUGCCACCUCAGGGACAGUCUACUUCCAGGCCCCCAAAGGAGAUCCCUGCCAGCCGGUUGGCUCAGCAGCUACGUGAGGAGGGCUGGAGCCUGCAGACCUCUGAAAGCCUUACGCUGGCCGAAGUCUACCUCAUGAUGGGCAAGCCAAGCAAGCUGCAACUCGAAUAUGACUGGCUGGCUGUGUUAGGCCCUGAGGGCCAGUCCCCUGGAGGGCAGGGCCAGGCCCCCCGCCCUGGCUCCCCACCCACCACCCUCCAUGAGCAGCGCCUCCUGAGCUGCCUCCUGAAGCUCAUCUCCACGGAGGUCAACCCUAAGCUGACUCCAGAAGCAAAUGCCUCAGUGAGGCCUGCCCAAGAGGAGCAGUCAGCAACUCCCCCAGGGAAGGUGGUAACCAUCAGCUCCCGGAGCCCUCGCUGUCCUCGAAACCAGUCUGCCCUUCGAAGUAGCAAGACCUUUCCAUCUAGCUCCACAUCUUGUUCCCCAGGUUUGAGAAACCCCCCAAGACCCCUCUUGGUGGCUGGUCCCUCCAGCACAGGAAGCAGUGACUCAGAUGGUGGCCUGUUUGCUGUCCCUACAACUUUGCCACCAAAUAGCAGACAUGGGAAGCUCUUCUCACCCAGUAAAGAAGCUGAGCUGACUUUCCGGCAGCACCUGAACUCAAUUAGUAUGCAGUCAGACUUCUUCUUGCCAAAGCCCAGGAAACUGCGGAACCGGCAUCUUCGGAAGCCAUUGGUGGUCCAGAGAACACUGCUCCCUAGACCAUCUGAAAACCAAUCCCACAAUGUGUGCUCCUUCUCCAUCCUGUCUAACUCUCCUAUAGCUGGGAGAGGCUCGUUUCGGCCCAUCCAGUCUUCUCUGACCAAAGCAGCACUGUCUCGGCCAAUUGUGCCCAAGGUCCUUCCAUCCCAGGCCACAAGUCACCUGGCCAGUGCGAUUGACCUAGCAGCUCAGAGUGCUGGCAUCAUUCCUGGAAGCCCCUUACCAGUCUUAGAGACCGAGGGGUUAUCUGGCAUCUCUCCACUGUCCUCAGAUGAGGUGACAGGUACCAUCUCAGGGCAGGACUGCACCGGACCCCACCAGAAUGGAGACCCUGUCCCCACUGUGGGGGGCACGAGCAAUCCAUUCAUCGGCGUCCCCCCAGGGCCGGAGCAGGAGCCAGUGGUGGACAGUUUCCAGCAGGGUUCGUCUGUUCUCUCCUUGUCUGAGCUGCCCAAAACUCCUCUCCAGAAUGGUCUCUGCACACCUUUGACCUCAUCAGAGGGCUCCAGCACCCGGCUCUCACCGCCUAAUGUUUCUGCACUGCUGGACAUCUCUCUGCCUGGCCCACCUGAAGAUGUGCUCUCACAGGGAGAACCUGCAACACAGAUCAGCGACUCUAUCAUUGAGAUUGCGAUUAGCUCAGGCCAAUUUGGUGAAGGAGUCCCUCUUUCACCAGCAAAGCUGAAUGGCAGUGACAGUUCCAAGAGCCUUCCUUCCCCAUCUAGCAGCCCACAGCCCAACUGGAUUGCCUCUCCCACCCACGACCCCCAGUGGUACCCUAGUGACUCCACUGACUCCUCACUUAGCAGCUUGUUUGCCAGCUUCAUCUCCCCAGAGAAGAGCCGAAAGAUGCUCCCAACUCCUAUUGGAUCCAACAGCGGCACUUCCUUGCUUGGCCCCAGCUUGUUGGAUGGAAACUCGCGAGACUCUUUUGUGUCCAGGUCAUUGGCUGAUGUUGCAGAGGUGGUGGAUUCCCAGCUGGCAUGCAUGAUGAAUGAGAACAGCAUCGAUUAUAUAUCACGGUUCAAUGACCUGGCUCAAGAGCUGUCCAUCACUGAGCCUGGUCGCCGAGAGGCUAUAUUUGAUAGUGGUGGAGGCGGCCCUUCUGUUGGGGAUCUCUCGCAGUGACCAUGCCUUGUAGGGAGGGUAACCUUGAGGCUGUAGAGAAGGCUUAGUGUGCUAGCUGUCCUCACUUCUGGCAGAUAAAAUCCUCUUCAACUUAGGGGAAGAGGGCAAGCCCAGAAUCCUCAGAAGACAGUCUCUGGACCCCAGGAUGAACAGCAUGCAAGAGCAUCUGUCCCAGAGCCCUAUCCCAGCAAGCGGAGACUGAGAUGAACGAGCACGACCUCUGAGAAGGGCCAAUAUCAGGAACUGCCCCAUUCUCCAUCUUCCUGGGACCUGUCCUGGAGUCUCUUUGUCUAUCCUAUACUGCCUCCACCAUGGUGUGGGCACCUUAGCAGGCUUCUUUUCAAGAAGGGUGUGCCCUGCCCUAGUUGUUGCAUCCUGGGAGCUCUAAUCUAAGGGAGAUUCCAGGCUGUUGCUUUCUUUCUGAUCUUUUUGCCCUAAUUGCUCAUUCUGUUAUGCUGAGGGGGACAGUGGGUAUAGCCUAGGCUCCUGGGUAAUGGUGUCCACACUCUGAGAUUGCAAACACUUCAAAUGGUGACCUGAUCAUGGGCCAGAGACGGGUCCUAAGGCCGUAUAAUCAGUGCCAUCUCUCCAGAAUACUUCUUGCCUAGUGCUUUUCCCACCAACAGUUUUGUUCUGACUGACAUAACAGGAAUGUGAAAGGGAAUCAUGUCGUAAGCAGGUUGCAAAGAUGUUUUUUAGGAUCCUGUUAAGCUGAUUGAAAAUGUUUUUCUUGCCCGGGGAUUUAACUCAGCGGUUCAGUGGCCUGCCUUGCAAGCGC